CCCUACUUUCCGAGAUCAUGUAAACCCAAGAAGAGAAGCUCGAGUUCGGGCAGAAUGUGGCGCGAGUCGACCACCUAACGUCUCCUCCGUCGAACCAAGUUUUUUUUAAUUUUUCUUAACAUUUUUUUACUCGGCAUCACGGAUAUCUUUUUUUCCCCCCACCUUCUUUUCAACCCUCACCACUAACAACGCCGCGUCUGGAUUAACCUAACUUCAAGGAAAUACGUCGUUUUCUCUUCGGGAAAAGUGGUCGCGGGCACCCGGGUGAUCUCCAUGCUUCUCUUCCCGGCGAGUGCCGAAGCGCGGCUGCAGUCGGCGCAUCGGCGGCGGUGGUAGGGGGGGCCGGCGGUGGUGGGCGGGGGUGGGGGUGCGGGGGGCGGCACACGAAAAUGAACAAAGUGAACUUCCACAACAACAAAGCCAUGCAGGACCGCCGCUGCGUCUGUGUCUUUCUGCCCAACGACGACACGCUCAACGUCAUAGUUAAUGUGAAGACCCUGUGCCAGGAGCUGUUGGUCCAGGUGUGUGACCUCCUGAGGUUGAAGGACUGUCACCUGUUUGGACUCAGUGUUAUUCAAAAUAAUGAACACAUUUACAUGGAGCUGGAUCAGAAACUGUCCAAGUACUGUCCCAAAGAAUGGAAAAGAGAAGCCAGCAAGGGAAUCGACCAGUUUGGCCCUCCGAUGAUCAUCCACUUCAGAGCUCAGUAUUACGUGGAGAACGGACGCUUGAUCAGCGACCGUGCCGCCAGGUACUACUACUACUGGCACCUGAGGAAACAGGUGCUGCUCUCGCAGUGCAUCCAGCGGGAGGAAGCCUACUUCCUGCUGGCAGCCUUUGCCCUGCAGGCCGACCUGGGCAACUUCAAACGGAACAAGCACUUUGGCAAAUACUUUGAACCCGAAGCCUACUUCCCCCCCUGGGUGAUAGCCAAGCGCGGCCGCGACUACAUCCUGAGACAUAUCCCCAACAUGCACAAGGACCAGUUUGCCCUCACGGCCUCCGAGGCGCAUCUCAAGUACAUCAGGGAGUGCGCGCAGCUCGACGACGUCACCGUCCAUUACUACAGACUCUACAAGGACAAGAAGGAAGUGGAGGCUUCUCUCACUUUGGGGCUGACUUUACGUGGGAUUCAAAUAUUCCAGAACAUCGGCUCCGUGAGGCAGCUUUUGUACGACUUCCCUUGGACCAAUGUGGGGAAGCUCGUCUUCGUGGGAAAGAAGUUCGAGAUCCUCCCCGACGGGCUGCCCUCGGCCCGGAAGCUCAUCUACUACACCGGGUGCCCCGUGCGCUCCCGCCACCUCCUGCAGCUGCUCAGCAACAGCCACCGACUCUACAUGAACCUGCAGCCCGUCCUCAAGCAGGUCCGCCGGCUGGAGGAGCACGAAGAGAAAAAACAGUACCGCGAGUCUUACAUCAGCGACGCUCUGGACCUGGACAUGGACCACCUGGACAAGCGCUCGCGGGCCAGCGGCAGCAGCGCCGGCAGCGUCUCCCGCCACAAACGUCUGUCCCGCCACUCCACCGCCAGCCACGGAAGCUCGCACACGUCGGGCAUCGAGGCGGACAGCUUCCGCGCGCCCCACCCGGCCCCCCACGGCCCCCUGAGGACCUGCGGCUCGUCCACCACCAGCCACGGCAGCUCGCACACGUCGGGAGUGGAGAGCGGCGGCGGCAAAGAGCGCGUCCUGGAUGACGACGAGAUCGAGAUGCUGGUAGACGACCCCAAAGACUACGAGGAGCUGAGCGAGACGGCCCUGGACCAGGAGCUGUGCAUCCACAUUACUGAGGACAUGUUGACCAUGUCUCCCGAUCACAACAACGGAUUCUCCGGUCUCAUCGUGAAAGACGUCAGCUCGUCCACGUCCAGCUCCUCAGAGACGGUUGUCAAGAUGAGAGGACAAAGCAUCGAGUCCCUCCCGCAGACGUCGACGUGCAGGAAGCCUCCGUCGUCCAGCGACCGCCACAGCCAGUCGCUGGACGACGUGCGCCUGUACCAGAAGGACUGCCUCCAGUGGGCCGAGCUGUGCCAGGACACCGCGCACAGCUACACGUUCGGAUGCGCCCAGGAGCUGAGCGACGGGGGCGGCGGCGGCGGCGGAGGAGCCUACCAGGGCCUGGGCGACCAGUGCGCCGGGAUCAAGAGAACCAGCAAGUACUUCUCCCUGGACCUCACCAGCGACGAUGUGCCCGAGUUUGUGGUGUGAGGAGCUCCUUUUCUUAUUUGAUUUUUUUUAAAUAAUCAAUACAGAGGAACACUAAAGGGAUUGCAAAAGACUCAAAUGUCGCGCUAGCAACCAAAGACCUGAAAAGAUGGACGCUUUUGACGCCCCUUGACAGGAAGUGCAGCGUGGCAAACACACCACGCCACCUAACGUGCCUUCAUCCACGAUGCCCAAGACAAUCGCCACCGCCAUUUUCAGCUUUCUCGCCGCCAUUAGAAGCUGACUUGAUGGCGUUUAAAGCUUGCGCUACGUCAACUUAAGCUUAUUCGGUGUCCUUUUGAGCUUGCAAUUUUAAGCGCGCUCGGCACCAUUUAAGCGUUCUCUGUGCUGCUCGGAGAUUACUCAGUCCAGUUUUAAGCCACCGCAGCACCACUUUAGGCUUACUCUGCACCAUUUUAAGGACACUUGGCACAGUUUUAAGAUUCCUCUUAACUGUUGAAGCUUACUCUGUGCCAUUUUAAGCUUUACUCGGCACGGUUUUGAGAUUUUUCGGCAUUGUCUAAAGGUUUUUUCUGCACCAUUUAAAGCUCGCUCUGUGUCAGUUUAAGGUCAUUUGGUGCCGUUCGAACCUCGACGGUGCUAUUUUCAGCAUUCUCUGCACCGUUUUAAAGCUUGCUCGGCACUGAUCUAAAUCUACACGGCACCUACUCUGAACCGUUUAAAACUUGCUCAACGCCAUUCAAAGCUCACUCUGCACCGUUUAUGCUUACUCAGCACCGCUUUAAGCCUACACAGCACCGUUCUGAGCGUAUUCAGUGCCGUUUGAAGCUUGCACCGCUCCAGUUUGAGCAGGCUCACUUUAAACUAGACUUUGUUACUUUUUCACAUCAAUUGCCCUAAAAGGUGUUGUUUUUCAUUCAGUAUUACAAGCAAGCAUACAGAAACGUGACAGUAUUACGCACGUAUUUGCAUUCACAGCUUUAAAGGAGACUUUAUGCAUUCUUUUUCACCAUUUCAAACAGUUCCAGGUGCCUUAAUAACAUGUCUGUGGCACGCUUUCAUCAAAAUACCCCAAGGAUCACCCAUUAUAGCAUACGUUUCAGUCUCUGAAAAGCAGCCUUUUCCAAUGUUUCUACAACAUGCAUAUUAGCCACGCCUCACUCCGCCCUCCUCUACUGCGGGGCCAAGUUCUGGAGGCAAGCAUCUACUAACCCAUAGAGGCAAGAGAAAAGCGAGAAGAGACAAUCCAAUAAUGGGCUGUAUUUUCAUUCGCGAAGGCAGGACUUCAUCACCAAGCCGCUCAGUUACACGUGACAAUUAGUGUAGCUGAUCCGUGCCUGUGGCGCAUGCAGCGGACAUGUCACCAAACACAAAUGCGCUGCACAUUCGAGUGUGCGCUGUUUAGCAUCUGCGCAUAAUACAACACUGCAGCGCUGUGGUUUGAGGUGGUGGUGAUUCCGUGUCGUUCGCUUGUAAUUUAGCCAGCUUGUGAUGUCACAGUGGGGCAACACUCUGAAAGGCUCACAAAGACACAUUCUCAGAAAAAGACAACAAAAAAACUCAUUGGGUGUUUAAUUUCACACCUGAUGGGUGGCAUGCCCUCCAGAGAUCCAACUAUUUGUGUACAAGCAUUGAAGAAGUCACUUUGUCCUCUUUGAAACGAUGUUGGUGACAUGUCGUCGGAUUUGUGUACAGAAAUUUUUUUUUUAUGAAUUCUUCAACGUUUUAACGUCUUCCAAGAAGCUUUUAAGGUCCUACUGGGAAAACAAAAACGCAAAGGAACAUUUAGACCUUUUAGGAAUAUUUGCGCUCUGGAGCCCGGAGUCUUUGUAAAUCCAAAACCACUCCUUUGUCAUUGUACAAUAAAUAUACAAAAAAAAAAAAAAAAAAAAAAA